AUGGCCACCGCUGCAAUGGAUUACGAGACCGCUGACGGUGAUCGUUACGAAGAUGACGCCCCUUCGCGCUAUGAGCAGCGUGAUAACCGCAGCGCCUCGCCUCGCCCUGCCCGCGAUGAUGGUCCCGAGCCUCGUCGCUCGGCCUCGCCCAACGGCAAUGCUGACCGUGGUCCGAAAGAAGACAACGGCGGCAGAUACGGCGACGAGGACGGCUCCAUCAACCCCGGCUCGAACUUGUUCGUGACUGGCAUCCACCCCAAGCUUACUGAGAGCGAGGUUACUAGACUCUUCGAGAAGUACGGCGAGGUCGAGAAGUGCCAGAUUAUGCGUGAUCCCCACACCAAGGAAUCUCGUGGCUUCGGCUUCGUCAAGAUGGUCACUUCUGACCAGGCUGAUGCUGCCAAGGAUGGCCUUCAAGGUGAGGUGAUUGAGGGUCGCACUCUCAGCAUCGAGAAGGCCCGCCGUGCCCGACCUCGUACUCCCACCCCUGGCAAGUACUUUGGUCCUCCCAAGCGAGGAGGUGGCUUCGAUGAUCGUCGUCCUCCUCGUCGCGGUGGCUACGGUGGUGGCUACGGCCGUGAUGACCCCUACCGUUACCGUGGCGGCGGUGGCGGCGGCGGCGGCUAUGGUCGUGAUGAUCGUGGAGGUGAUCGCGACCGCAGCUACCGUGAGGACCGUGGCUACGACCGUGGCUAUGAUCGUGGAUACCGCGAAGACCGUGGCUACGACCGUAGCUACCGCGAAGACCGCGGAGGAUACGAAAGACGUGACCGUGGUGGCGGCGGCAGCGGUGGCGGCGACGAGUACCCCCGUUACAGUGGUGGCCGCGAUGAUCGCUACGGAGGCCGAGGUGGUGGCGAUGAUCGACGUGCCCCCGCCUACGACCGUGGUGACCGUGGCUACGACCGUGGUGGUGACAGGGAGAGCGCUCGCUCUCGCGAUCCUGCCCCGUCUGGCUACGGUGACUCGGCGUCCCGACCUGAGGGCCGCGAUGCCUACGGAGCUGCUCCUUAG